AUGGACGAUCUGAGCCGCGCCGUCGAGGUUGCUGAUAUGGCAGUGGCUGCCACGCCUCAGGACCACCCCGAUCUUGCUAGGCGGUUGAGCAACCUUGGAAACAAUCUCGGCAGGCGAUUCGAGCGCACCGAUUCCAUGGACGAUCUGGACCACGCCAUCGAGGUCGCUGAUAUGGCAGUGGCUGCCACGCCUCAGGACCACCCCGAUCUUGCUAGGCGGUUGAGCAACCUUGGAAACAAUCUCGGCAGCCGAUUCGAGCGCACCGAUUCCAUGGACGAUCUGGACCACGCCACCGAGGUUGCGCAUAUGGCAGUGGAUGCCACGCCUCAGGACCACCCCGAUCGAGCUGGGUGGUUGAACAACCUUAGAAACCGCCUCGGCAGGCGAUUUGAGCGCACCGGUUCCAUGGACGAUCUGGACCGCGCCCUGUCCUCGUACAAAGAUGGUUGGCGUUGCGAAGUCGCUCCCCCGUCUAAACGUAUUCAUCUGGCUUGGAAGGCCGCUAGCAUUCUUACCCGACGGUUGAAUUGGGAUGAAUCAAGUCAGCUGCUGGAGGAAGCCGCAAGGCUCCUCCCGACCGUGAGCCCACGAUCCCUGCAGAAUGCCGACAAGCAGCACAUGCUUUCAGAUUUUGCUGGCUUGUCUUCCAUGGCCGCGGCUACGGCCUUGAAUGCGGGAAAGGAGGCUCAUCAUGCCCUGGAGCUCCUUGAACUCGGUCGUGGCGUUAUUGCCAGUCUCUUGUUGGAGAUGCGUACGGACGUCUCAGACCUGGAAGAGCAGCAUCCCGGGACAAUGCUCCCGACCUCUCGUGAGAGCCCACUUUCCCAGGAAUCGCAGCUAGAACGGCACCGUGAAGCAGAGAUCCGGUUCAACGAAGUUGUUCACGAGAUUCGCACUCACCCUGGAUUCGAGGACUUUUUGCACCCGCCCGCGGCCGAGCAGUUGAUGACCGCGGCACGUCUAGACCCCAUCGUUGUUAUUAACGCCCAUUCCUUGUGGUGUGACGCAUUCAUUGUUGACCUACAUGAUAUCAAGGCGUUGCAAUCAUCCAACUCAUCUGAAGGAUUCAACCUCCCUCAAAUGACGAUUGGCCUCAUGUUUGAGUCAUCUCAUCUUACGGAACGUCCAUCAAGGCGCUAA